AAUAUUCAACACGCCUGAGCUGUCCACAUUAAAGCUCGGUGUUCAGUGCAGUUACUGACCUUCACAUCGUAAACACGCCGUGAUUUCUGGAGAUUUCUCUGUCCAUUUUUUGCUGAUUAAAGAAGGUGAAGAAGCUCAGAGACACUUUCCCGUGCCGCCGUGAACUGGAAUGGAGUCGAUGCAGUACGACCGUUUCACCGCGUCAGAGUCAGAAAGCGCUGAGCGUUAUCAUAACGACGUUCCUUCAUACACACCGAACCGACAGAACCGUCGGAUUUACAUCAUGUUUGGCGUGCUCACUGUGUUCCUGCUCCUGCUGACUCUCACAGUGGGAAUUAAAAUCACUCAGGUGAACCAGCAGGUGUCGGACAUUGUCUCCUCGCUGCAGACAGUCAGAACUUCGAUUACUUCUGCUCAGACAGUUUAUAGUUCGCAUCAGGAAGCUGCAGUGCCACUACCAGUAAGAGGUUCCUGUGAGAAUGACUGGGUCUUUUACAAAAAUAAGUGUUAUUACACGUCUACUCAGAGGCUGAACUGGCAUGACGCAGAGAAGAACUGCAUCUGGCAAAGGGGUCACCUGCUGGUGGUGAACGACCGUGAAGAGAUGGAGUACAUAUCUCAGCUGGCUGAUGAACGUCUGAAUUAUUGGAUAGGUCUGGUUGAGAGAGAGGGUGAGGGAAACUGGAGCUGGGUCGAUGGAACAGACUUUAAAUCCACUGAGCAUUUCUGGGAUGAUGGACAGCCGGAUGAUUGGGCUCGCCGUGUGAAUGGAGAAGACUGCGGCCAGAUUCACGCAAAAUACAGGCCUUCUGACAUAUUAACACAUAGGCUGUGGAACGAUGCUGACUGUACAUUAAGUUAUAAAUAUAUAUGUGAGAGACCUGCAUAGCACACACACACACACACACACACACA